AUGCUUCACCGUACCAAAUACAACCGCUUCAGGAAUGAGUCAGUAACAUCCGUCGAUGAGCUUCUCCACGGCCUGUCCAUGAACCCCAAGGUCUCGGCCACCCCCCAGUCUGCAGCCGAGACAUCUUACACACCCCCGACUGAGGUCCAGCCCUCCUCCACCACCACUGCUUCCAGCACCCACACCAGCCACGGCUCUGACCACCUGGAAGAUGGAGGCACCACCCUCUGUACCCUCAUCAACAAGGUGUCCGGCCUGAAAUUCAGCAACUCAGGCAGCCUGCUGGGCAUCAAGGGCCUGCCCUCGGCUGUCAAGGACCUGGCUGUGUCUAAGCUGCAGGGGGGUGGGGGAUUGGGCUCAGGCAGCUCCAGUGGCCCGAGCCCCAGUGCGGCGACGGCAGCAGCCUCUGGUGUGGGCGGCUCUCUGUGCAGCUCGGCCUCUCAUUCGACCCCCUGCUUGCAGCUGGAGCCGGCCGUCAGCAUGAGCAAGAAGAGCAGGCUGGACGAGCUGCCGCCCGGCGGAGAGGACUGGAAUCCAGGUGGAGGUGGUGGACUGGUGAUCAAACCCGCCAGAGGAUGGCUACACUCGAGCGAGAAGAUCUCUGGUCCAGGGGUGACAUACAUUGUGAAGUAUCUGGGCUGCAUAGAAGUCCUUCGGUCGAUGAGAUCCCUGGAUUUCACCACAAGAUCACAAAUUACUCGGGAAGCCAUCAGCCUGGUGUGUGAGGCUGUUCCAGGAACCAAAGGAGCUCUGCGGAAGAGAAAGCCACCGUCAAAAGCUCUGUCCAGUAUCUUGGGGAAGAGCAACCUGCAGUUUGCUGGCAUGUCCAUCAACCUAAAUAUCUCCACCAGUAGCCUCAACCUGAUGACCCCUGACUGCAAACAGAUCAUAGCAAACCAUCACAUGCAGUCCAUCUCCUUCGCAUCAGGGGGAGACCCUGACACCACAGAUUAUGUUGCCUAUGUAGCAAAGGACCCCGUUAACAGAAGAGCAUGUCACAUCCUGGAGUGCUCUGACGGGCUGGCCCAGGAUGUCAUCAGCACCAUUGGCCAGGCCUUCGACCUCCGCUUCCAGCAGUACCUGCAGUGUCCGUCAGGCAAACUGUCCUCCACACAUGACAGGGUAUUAAACAUGGAGGAGUUGCCAUGGACGGAGGAAGAGGAGGAGUCAGCAGAACACCCUUACUAUAACAACAUCCCGGGAAAGAUGCCCCCCACUGGAGGCUUUAUAGACACCCGGCUGACAAAUCAGAACGCAGCGCCAGAGGGAUCCCAGAUGGGCCCAUGUUCAGUAGAUCAGACAUAUUACCAAGGGCGGCACUGUAGGGAAAACUGGGGAGAUGAAAGAAAGACUAUAUUCAUACAACAGGGAUCAUUUGACAUAAGCAGUCUGCCCGAGAGUAAAGGUCCGGCACCAAAAACAGGAGAGUUGCCCGCGUAUGUGAACACUCAGCAGAUCGACGCCCAGGUGCUGGCAGCGCUGCAGGCAGAGGCGGACCAUGUGACCAAGGGCCUGGCAGCUGCAGCCAAAGAGAGCCCACAGAAGGACCUGUUUGACAUGAAGCCCUUCGAGGAUGCCAUUCAGUCCCAGUCCCACCCGCCGUCCCAGGGUCCGGGCCAGUCCCAGGUCUCCGGUCUCAACAAGGCAGCGUCCGUGGACAACUCGAGCCCUCUUCUCGUGCGCUCGGUGGCCUUCCGGGCCCAGGAGGAGCUGGAGGGCCAGACGUGGUACCACGGCAAAAUGAGCCGCCGUGACGCCGAAAAACUGCUGAAAGAAGACGGGGACUUCCUGGUUCGUAAGAGCACGACCAACCCGGGGUCCUUCGUACUGACGGGCAUGCACAAUGGACUCGCCAAACAUCUGCUGCUGGUGGACCCCGAGGGCACGGUACGGACAAAAGAUCAUAUAUUUGACAGCAUUAGCCAUCUUAUUGGCCAUCACCGUGACAACAAUCUACCGAUUGUGUCAGCUGGGAGUGAACUGUGUCUCCUACAGCCUGUUGGAAGGAAACAAUGA